UCAUUUUCUCCCUUCCUCUCCUUCGUUUCCUCCUAAAUUUCCGCAUUUUUCGUAUCCUCUUUCAGUUUUUAGGGUUUUCCAUAAGAAAAAAAUCCCAAAUCUCCUUUCUCAAUCCCUAAGAUUCUGUUUCCGAAAGGAGAAAAUCAACAUUACUCUACGAGAUUUUUUUUUCCCCUGCCUGCUCAGUGUAUACAGCUUUUGAGUCAGGUUUGUGUUUAAAGCUCAAGAUCUGUCUGAGAGUAUUUGAAGAUUGAGAGAUGAUAAGUGCUCAGCAAACCUCCUUUUAAUGGACUGUUUACCAACAAGCAGUGACAAGAAAACAUUGAAAAAGUGGUUUUUCAUUGACAAAAGAGUUGGAUAAAAGAGAAAAAAGUGUUUUAGAAGAGCCAUCGAAUUUCUUGUGUGAAGCAUUUUAUUGAAGUUUGAUGGAUAUGAAGAUAAACAAGACGCCCCCUGUUCUUACUGACUCUGCACCAGUCAAUAAAUCAAGACUCGGAUCCUCUUUGCCUUCAGGAAGAUUCAUGAUGAAUUCGAGGAAGAAGAUCCCUAAACUCGACGAUGUUAGAUCCAAUGGUUGGUUGGACGCAAUGAUUUCCUCUUCACCACCACGUAAGAGGCUAGUCAAGGAUUUCAACAUCGAGAUUGCUCCUGAAGAUGAUUUUUCUCAACGAGCCUGGAUGCUCAAGUAUCCUUCAGCGAUUACUUCCUUUGGGCAUAUCGCAGCUCAAGCAAAGAACAAGAAGAUAGCUGUGUUUCUUGAUUAUGACGGAACACUUUCCCCAAUAGUCGAUGACCCUGAUCGUGCCAUCAUGUCUGAUGCGAUGCGUGCUGCUGUUAAAGACGUGGCCAAGUACUUCCCUACAGCAAUAAUUAGUGGUAGAAGCCGUGACAAGGUCUAUGAAUUGGUAGGACUAACCGAACUUUAUUACGCGGGUAGUCAUGGGAUGGACAUAAUGACUCCUUCAAAUCUAAAUGGGUCCCCUGAAGAAGACACCAACUGUAUAAAAUCAACUGACCAACAGGGUGAAGAGGUAAACCUCUUUCAGCCUGCGAAAGAGUUCAUACCCGUCAUCGAAGAGGUAUAUAGAACCCUCGUUGAGAUAACUAAAUGCAUCAAAGGUGCAAAGGUAGAGAACCACAAGUUUUGUGCCUCUGUACAUUACCGUAAUGUUGACGAGAAGGACUGGCCAAUCGUUGCUCAACGAGUUCAUGACCACCUGAAACAGUACCCUCGUCUGCGUCUAACUCACGGGAGAAAGGUUUUAGAGGUUCGUCCUGUGAUCGAGUGGAACAAAGGAAAAGCAGUCGAGUUUCUUUUGGAAUCUCUCGGAUUAAGUAACAAUGAUGAUUUCCUGCCAAUCUUCAUCGGAGAUGACAAAACCGAUGAAGAUGCAUUCAAGGUACUGAGGGAGAAGAAGCAAGGAUUUGGAAUAUUGGUAUCGUCUGUGCCAAAAGAAAGCAAUGCAUUCUACUCUCUUAGAGACCCCUCUGAGGUGAAGAAGUUUCUCAAGACUUUGGUGAAAUGGGGGAAGAUGGAAAACGCUACAAGUUUUUGAUAAUUGUGUAGGACAGAAUCAAAAGCUUCAUUCUCUUGCUGCUUUCCAUUUUUUUUUGCCUUUUAGUUUUUUUUUCCUUAUUAACAGUUUCUGCUUUUAUAUCUUAAUAAUUUUAUCAUUUUUCCAUAUUAUCCAUAAAUUAAGCUGUAUUAAAAAUUUUAACUUUAUCAUUUAUAUAUUUCACAAUUUUCUCGAGGGAAUUACCUUGAACUCAUAUUUUGUUAUCUUUUACUCCUUCUGUUUCACA